GGUAUAAAAGUGAAAUUAAUUUUUUCACUAGAGCGCGGCAAUUUCAUCUGCUGUACUGUAGUGACGUGAUAGUGAGCGUCGGUGAGGCUUGUGGGCAGGCUACAGCGGCGGUGCCUCAUGCCUGCGUGUCUCCCCCGCGGAGCUCUCUGGCGACUGCCGGUGCCGCCGGGCAGCGGCCGUUGGGGCCUGCUCUGGCAGCAACAUUUAUUCCUGGGAGCGACCACGCCUCUCCACGUCGUACCACCCGCCCACCGCCACUGCCUGGCCACAGGGAGGUGAACCCGAUCAGUUCACGCCAUGCUCACCUCCUGAACCUGAACCUGACCUGACCACCCCGCCGCGCCCGUUACUCUUCUUCUUCUUCUUCUUGUGCUGCCGUUGCUGCUCUGUUCUCCUCCGUCCAGUCCUUCCCUUCCACGCCUCGUCGCCUCGGCGCGACGCCAUGGCGCCCAUCUGCUCCCUUCUCUUCCUCCUCUUUCUACUGCCUCCUUCCACCGCCGCUGUCUCCAAGCCCAAGCCGCCCGCGCGGUACCGGUACCACACGCUCCGCGCCACCCCGCUCUCCCCGGACCCCAUCACCCGAGCCGACGCCGCGCUUCCUCUCUUCUCCGCCGCCUCAGGCGAAGCACCCAUCUUGGAGCUGGAUUCGGACGACAACGGCAACGCCUCCACCGUCCGCUUUCUCCUCGCCCACCGCGAGGCGUUCGCGGCGCCCAACGCCACGGCGGCCCAGCUCCUGGCGCACCGCCUGGCGCGCGACGCCGCUCGGGCCGAGGCGAUCUCCGUGUCCGCGAGGAACGUGACGCGCGCCGGCGGCGGGUUCUCGGCGCCCGUGGUGUCCGGCCUGGCGCAGGGCAGCGGCGAGUACUUCGCUUCGGUGGGCGUGGGCACGCCACCGACGCCCGCGCUGCUGGUGCUGGACACCGGCAGCGACGUGGUGUGGCUGCAGUGCGCGCCGUGCCGGCAGUGCUACGCGCAGUCGGGCCGGGUGUUCGACCCGCGCCGGUCCCGGUCGUACGCCGCCGUCCGCUGCGGCGCGCCGCCCUGCCGCGGCCUCGACGCCGGGGGCGGCGGCGGCUGCGACCGGCGGCGCGGGACGUGCCUGUACCAGGUGGCGUACGGGGACGGGUCCGUCACGGCGGGGGACCUGGCCACGGAGACGCUGUGGUUCGCGCGGGGCGCGCGGGUGCCGCGCGUCGCCGUCGGGUGCGGGCACGACAACGAGGGCCUGUUCGUGGCCGCCGCGGGGCUGCUAGGCCUCGGCCGCGGCCGGCUGUCGCUGCCCACCCAGACGGCGCGCCGCUACGGCCGCCGCUUCUCCUACUGCCUGGUGGACCGCACCUCGUCGUCGUCGUCGCUGAACCGCCCGUCGGCCACGCCACGCUCGUCCACGCUGACGUUCGGCGCGGGCGCCGUUCCGGGACGCGCGUCCUUCACGCCGAUGGUGAGCAACCCCAGGAUGGCGACGUUCUACUACGUGCGCGUGGUGGGGUUCAGCGUGGGCGGCGCGCGCGUCCGCGGCGUGGGCGAGCGGAGCCUCCGUCUGGACCCGUCCACGGGGCGCGGCGGCGUGAUCCUGGACUCCGGCACGUCGGUGACGCGGCUGGCGCGGCCCGUGUACGUGGCCGUGCGGGAGGCGUUCCGGGCGGCGGCGGGCGGGCUCCGGCUGGCCCCGGGCGGGUUCUCGCUGUUCGACACGUGCUACGACCUCCGUGGGCGGCGGGUGGUGAAGGUGCCGACGGUGUCGGUGCACCUGGCGGGCGGCGCGGAGGUGGCGCUGCCGCCGGAGAACUACCUGAUCCCCGUGGACACGCGGGGCACGUUCUGCCUGGCGCUGGCCGGCACCGACGGCGGCGUCUCGAUCGUGGGCAACAUCCAGCAGCAGGGGUUCCGCGUCGUGUUCGACGGCGACAGGCAGCGCGUCGCACUGGUGCCCAAGAGCUGCUAGCUGCUAGUGGAGUGGAGUUGCCCAAAACUGAAACCAAAAGGGAGAUGAGAUGGACUGUGAAGCGCCUUGUGCUGUUCUUCUCUGCGAUGAUAGUUUUGCAAUGCAAAUGCUGUUGAGUUGUGCGUGCUUGCUUAACUGUGGGUGAAGGAAUCAGAUCACUGCCGUGCCGUGCCGCAUUGCAACUGCAUGCUUCUCCUA